AUUUUUUUCAAAGUCAAGCAGCUAUUCGAGAAAAGCACAAAGAAAGUGUGAGGAGCAGUCGGUAUUCUUUAUUAUUAUAUUUUUUACUUGAGUAAGGAUAGAGGAAGGAGAGUAAUGCCGUCUAAAGUGAAUGUUAAGAGCAGAAAUGGCGGUGGUGGUGGUAGCGGCAAAAGCAACGGCAAGAAGGGUUUGAAGAGGCGGUCGUCGACGACGACGACGGCGGCGGCGGGGGGAGACAGUCGAGUAAACGACGGAAGGGGGAAAAAGUGCAACGGACUAGCAAAGAGGUCAGCGCUCAGGAUGAGGACGAGGAGGUGAGUGGAGAGGAGGAUGGGGGUAUGGAUGUCUCGGACGACGAGGACGGCGAUGAUGAUCUUGGAUCAGGAUCGGAGAACGAGGAGCAAGAUUAUGAGAAACAAGGCCGGUCGUGGGGUGUGAAAGAGCAGAUGGAUGUUGUUGAGCGGUUGCCGAUCAAGACUGCGACGGGUGCGAUCAAGCGGGUUGUUACUGAGCGGGAAGCUAGAGCGAAGAAAGAGGAUGAGGAAAGUGAGGAGGAAAGCGGGGAGGGAGAGGACGAGGAGGAGGAGGAGGAGCCUGAGCUUCCUGAGUUGGAUCGGAUUAGACUGGCGCAGGAAGAGCUGUCAAAGUUGGGCAGCGAACUUAUUGAAGAUCCAGAGGAGAACGUCGGGAAUCUGAAAAAACUUCUCGAGAUCCAGAAAAACAAGCAUCCAAAGAUCAAGAGACUCGCUCUAGCAACUCAGCUUGCAGUGUACCGAGACAUCAUCCCAGGCUACCGAAUCCGUCCCCUGACCGAUGCAGAACGCGCGGAGAAGGUGUCGAAAGAAGUCAAGAAGCUGCGGAAUUUCGAGCAGUCGCUUGUGCUGAACUACAAAUCCUACGUCGACAGUCUUAAAGAGAUCGUCGGAGGUCUAUUCAAUCCCGAGGCGGCACCCGCGAUUCGCAAACUCGCGCUCACGGCUCUGUCGUGCGCGUGUACCCUUCUAGUCUCGGUCCCGCACUUCAAUUUCCGCUCGGACCUGCUCCAAACCAUAUGCCAGCGCCUCGGCCGCAGACGGUACCCUCUGCAAGAAGGCCAUCCGUAUCUGCACUCAGCCAAGCCCGAGGACGCGGGCGACGACACCGGGUUUGGAAAGUGCAUUGAUGCAAUCAUCCAGAUGUUUGACGAGGACGAGAGCGGGCACGCGUCGAUGGAGGCGGUGCAGAUCAUGACGGGGAUGAUGAAGCGGCGCAAGUAUAAGGUCGACGAGGUGGUGCUGAAUUCGUUUUUGCACUUGCGGUUAUUGACGGAGCUUACGACGCUGGAUAUGGAGCGGCUGGAUAGAGCGGCGAAGGAGCCGGUGAAGAUGAAGAAGAAGGAUCGACUUCAUCGGACAAAGAAGGAGAAAAAACAGGCGAAGGAGAUUAAGCAGAUUGAGGAGGAGCUGGCGAAGGCCGAGCAUGCGACGUCAAAGGAGGAAACGGAGAGAUACCAGUCUGAGACGCUCAAGACUGUGUUUUCGACGUAUCUCACAAUCCUGAAACUUCGCGUUAGUGGUCUCAUGGGCGCGACCCUGGAAGGAUUGGCCAAAUUCGCUCACCUAAUCAACGCCGACCUAUUCGGCGACCUCCUCGAAGUUCUCAAAGAACUCGUCCGCGACCGCCAACUCAACGAAGACCAAGAGGAGAGCAGUCUAACCAUCAAAACCGGCGCCAUCCGCGAAGGUCUUUUGUGCAUCGUCACCGCAUUCACGCUUCUUUCCGGCCAAGCAGGCGAGAGUAUCGGCCUCGAUCUCUCGUUCUUCAUCAACUACCUCUACGCGAUCCUGAUGCCGUUAUCACUCAGCGGCGAUAUCGAGCAGUCGAAUAAGUCGCUCCGGCUCGCUGACCCGCUUAAGCGCGACGACGAGUUUGCAAAGUCAAAGCUCGAGGCGCGGGUUAAUCUCUCGACGGAGAUGGAGAUGGUCAUCAAGUGCUUUGACGCGAUUUUCUUCAACCGGCACUACAAAACCGUCUCGUUCGGAACCGGCACAAACAACAACCAGCGCAUGGUCGCGUUCGCGAAACGGCUCGCGCUCACGUCGCUGCAUUUCCCGGAAAAAUCGGGAUUUGCGGCGAUGAAGAUCCUCGAAAACCUGUGUAUCAAGUAUUCCUCGCAGGUCGGACCGAAGGCGGCGGGGGAUAAAGAUAUCAGCAGCGGAGCACUGGGAGCGUUGUUCUCGACCGAUGAUCGCGUUAUGAACGGCGUUUAUAGAGCUGACAUCGACUCGCCUGAACUUAGUAACCCUCAGGCGGCGUAUAUGUGGGAGACGUUCCUUCUGCAGAAGCAUUAUUCUCCAAGAGUGGCUGCCACGGCGCUCAAGGCGCCUCUGCGGACCAUCGGGCGGUAGACAUCUCCAGAUAUGUAAUGCAUAGCAUAUGUUACAAAAGAAUAGAGCU